AUGCACAAGGAGCCCCUAGAAAAAUUCAUCGCUUUGCUUGAAAACCAUAAAGGCGCGGUGGAGAACGUGAGACAAGGAGAGUUUGCUCCACUUGUCGCGCUAAUGGAAUCUUUGAUCCUCUUUUGUGGCCAGGGAGGGCAUGGCAGAGGCACACUAUUGAAAGCCAGUUUUGAUAAAGAGCUCCAGCUCAAAUCACGGUUGUACGACGAAUUCUUCUGGAUGAUCUCUCCAUACUUUUUGAGGAUGCCAGGAAAUGAUGGGCUUCUAAAUCUUCUAUUUGAGGUAGACCCCAAACUGAUAUCCGUUGUGUGCAAUGCUCCAGGCCAAUUCUCAGGGCCAAUUCCAACAAACCUUGAAGCAAUAUCCAACCUACUCUUCGACGAGCCAGGGGUAUCAGCAUCACUCCUAAAAUGUCUUCCAAAUCUAAGGCAUGCCACAAUAGUCCGUGCAAUAUGUCGCCUACUAUUUUGGGCGUUUCUCGAGGCAAGCAACAAGUCCCAGGCUGGCGAUGAGGUAUUAGAAUCUGAAGAGGUGGACUGGAGUUGUAUCGGAAGGGACAUUGCAUCGACCAAAGUCUUGUUCAGACUGCUGGCAACUCAGAUUCUGGCUUACCACAAGUUUGAGGCUUCCCGCAGGCUUGUUGGGCGUUUUGAGAAAGUUUUGAAGGCUUCACCUUGUACCAGUGCAAAGGCAAGGAAAGUGAAGAAGGCAGACUGGAACAUGAUGGCAAAAAACCUUGAAGCCGUGUGGACAUGUGAUCAGUUUUAUGAAUGGAAGGCAGCAGUGGAAGAGCAAGUUGGCGUCAAAAAGUUGGACGAAAAUUGGGCAAUUCAGAUGGAGGAGUUGAGUAACAUCUCUGUUGCCCAGGUCUCUCCAGAUUGGGCUAAGGCUGGGUAUUCGUUCCUUCUGCGCUUCAUCAAAACUCUCUUUGACAAGUUGAGUGAUCCAGCAGAGGUGACCAGUAGCUACUAUGGGCAGAAUCCAUUUGCAACGUGGUUUGCAUUUAAGCAUUACCUUGCAGCUGCAGUUGCUAAUGUGCCACAAGCUACUUGCCACAACCAACCAUUUCUCUGGAACACAAUGCCAUCAAAGCUAGAGGCAUCAUGGACAAUGCGGAUUGUAGAGUACAAUGUACAAGCAGGCCUGGUUUCUGUCAGGAACUCACAGCUGCCUCAAGCCAGGUCAUCAUCAGAGGAUGCUGACCAACCAAAACGUGACAAAUUUGUGGCCACUUUCCUUAAUGUUCAGACUGGAUACUAUACAGAAGAAUUAGCAAGAGUGCUGCCCCCCGAUGUAUCAAAUUCAGUCCCUGCUUGUCAUAAUGUGACCCAUAUUUUCCUUCUACAGGCUGCAAUUUUCUGGAUCUGCAAGAAUCAAGGGGGCGACGCAAAGUGUGACAAAGACAUCAUCGCUCAGAUUGGGUUUGCGCCAUCUGUGUGGGUAAAAAAGGAAUCAAAAAAAUCCAUGGACAAAUUGUUCACUACUCACCUGGACAUACCUCUAAGGCUUAUCGACGGCCACCUGAUGGAUGGACAGGCAAACUGGGAUUAUUCACAACUCUAUGUCAAGCUAAAGUCACUUGGGUCAAAAGACAAAUUAAAACCUGACCUCUUUGAUCACGCUAUCAAGCAGUUGAAACCACCAAAGGAUAUUUGUAACCCACGCGUAAGGUCACUUUCCGAUGCCUGGAUUCACCUUGGGGAUAUGGAUGCUGUCUCUAGCAACCUCCUCGAUAUUCAGCAACGAGCACUACAGGUGAAGCAAUAUGGUGUUGCGCUUUCAGUGUAUUCGUGUUAUGGAAUUGCGUCAAUGGAACUAUUCCGGUACAUUGUAGGCCUUCGUGAACUUGUGGCAAGUCAUACUAGGGCGAUACAAACAGAAGGUCUUUCCAAUGCAGAGAGACAGGCAAAAGCUGACACCGCGGUGAAGGAAUUUUCAAAAUACAAGGUUGGUGGCUCAAAUUCAAUUCGUUGGGACUUUGAUUGA